AUGGGCCAGAAGAAGGGCAAGACAGGCGAUGAAGGCCGCAAAGUCGAUGGCUCGGCAUCAAAAAGGGACUUUGUCCAUGCACCGAAAUCCGACCUCAUUGUAGUUAUAUGGGCGUUCCGGAGAAGGAAGAAGCAUGUACGGCAGGUGAAGGAGGAUGAGAAGCUGGAAAUACGUGAUGUGGACCAGGAUUCGUAA